ACUUUGUAAUUAUUUUUGUUUGUUUAGGACCAUGCAAUUUUUAUAUACAAUAAAUUCAGAGUUAAUUAUGGUGUAAACAAACAAAAUUAACGGCGUUUCCAUUUUUAGAAAUGUUUAUUGAGAUUCAUCUUAUCUUGAUAAUUUCAAAAUUUGAUUAACUAAUAAAAAACUUUAGGUUUUCGCGUGUGGUCAUUAGUCGCCUACUACGUUGUACACAAUUGUCUGCAUAAAUUCAUUCAAAACAUUCGGUACAUCCGGCCGAUCUGUUUAACCGUUCAUUUUUGGAUUAUUAAAAAAAAUCAAGAAUAGUUUGUAAUACCGCCACAGUUUGAUAUAAAUACACAGCGGGAUGGAUUAAGAAACCUAUAUGGGCCUCGAAUCGAUACCUUGAAAUGUGACUCCUAUGGAAAAUAUCGCUGUCAUAAAAAAGUGAUGAUCAAAAACAAAAAACUGUAUGUCACUAAUCAUUACGGGCCAGUAAAAUUUGUGAUUCGCCCUUUAAGCUCAUGGGCGCUGGGGCAUUCGGCCUUAUUUUCCCCGUUAAGUCGGGCCUGUUUAUUUAUUAUACAAAAAUGCAUUUAGACUCUAUUUGAUUAAUGGCUAAACAAUCGUUUUCGUUCCCACGUUGAUCACGUGAAAAAAUCUAUUGAUAAAAAUAGCGGAGAAUUCCGUUUUUGUAUGUGUGUCUGGCACAAAACUGCGCAUUACCCGAGUCCUCUAUAUGAUUAAAUUCCUUAGCCUAACUGAUACGCUCAAUCCAAAGAUCGAAAUGACGAAAUUUUAUCGACAUCAAACGUGUAAAAAAAGUAUCCGGAAAAGUAUGACGACAGUUGCUGUCUAUUUUCCGUUACAAUCGCUUGUACAUCGAGAUCUCUUCGCACCAAGUCUCUAUACGCGCCGACCGAGGCAUCGCGACCAUUUCGUGGGAAUGUCCAAAGUGUUUCUAGGCGGAAGAUUCCAAACAAAAGUAAAGCUCAAAAGAUAGUUAACAUUUGUUAUCCUCUAUUGGAUACAACUAACAGUUCUUCGGUAAAUAUCUGCACACACUAAAUGGCUAACAAAACUGGAAUUGGUUUAAACGUUGAAGAAGUAAAAAAUAGAAAAUUAUUGCACGAUGAGAAUUUGCGUGGUGACAGGAUUGCGAUAUACGCCAAAAAAUUCGAAAUACUCAGGGAAGAGAUGGUUAGUUCCGGAAUGCUCAGUGACUGCAUUCCGAUCAUCAUGGAUUUAAUAACGUGUGAAUUAAAAGUGGACAAGGGAACCCGUAAAACUAUUCUACACAAUCUCAUUCAAAUGGUCGUCGCUUCUAAUGCGGUGGUAAAAAGACUUGCAACUCUAUGGAAAGCGGAUGUUUUAAUGAGAGAUCUCUUAAAGGUGAUCCGUGAACACGUCAUGACUCAGUAUAAACAUUAUCAAUUAUACGCCCACCAUACAGUGUCCGUUUUAAAAGGUCUCUCUAGACUAAUGAAAAAGAACAAAGCAAAAGAAAAUGAAUUUAUCAAAACUACAUAUAUAUUAGGCGAUGACAAAUGCACUGUUUUGAAUGCACUUAUGGUGCCAUUACAAUAUUUAUCUAACAUGAACAGAAAAUUUGACGAGUUAGCUCACAUGGUCUUAGAAAAAAAUGACAAAAUGUAUUUAGACGACAUAUUACAAUACAUGAAACAGGUUUUUAACAAAAUUCAACCAAAACUCGAUAGUAUGUCCAAAGUAAUUGAUGAUAUUUUCGUGCGGUACGAAAGGAGAUGUCAAAAGAGAAACAUUGUCGAUGAAAGAUGGAAGAAACUCAAAGAAAAACUCAAAGAAAUAUUUGAAAACACUAUCGUAAAACCUUGUUUGUUUACAAUGAAUUUGUACAUGAAUUAUUAUUUUCCGAACGAAGAUCAAAUGAAAGACUUUAUGGAAAAUAUCGUUAAAAAAAAUUAUUAGAAGAAAUAUUAAUAUUAAAAUUGAUAUUUUACAAAUACAAAAAUUUAUAAAUGUAUAAAUAGUUUUUAUAGAAUAAAAAGGAGAUAAUUAAAGAAUAAAAGGUAUAUUAAUGAGUUAUGAGACUUUAACGCGUGUAAAUAAGAAUAGAUGUUUUUGUAUGUAUAAAUAAAUUAUGCAAUUAAAUCGUACACAUUUUUUAUUAAAGAACUAUAAAUAUGUUAAUAGAGAUUUGAUUUUAUGUUGUUGUUUUUUUUAUUAUUAUUUUUAUAUUGAACUUUUUUAUAUAUUGCUAUUAUUGUUUUGUAAAUUUUUAUUUAUUCUUUGGAAUUGUUUUUUAUACAUUUUUGUAGAAUAACUUGUGUAUAAAUGUAU